AGAAAUAAAGUUUGUUUAUUUAUAAAUUGUGCUUUUCCCUCACAUUUUAAUUGUAAAUUCCUCUAAACUUCGUUCAUUUAUCUGUUCUUUUUAGUUAUGUCACCUUACACCUUUCAAAAAUUGAGGGUUCGAAGAAAAAACUGAGCAUGUUGACAACUACAUUCUUCAUCAUUACGGUUGUCAUUGUUGGCUCUAUGAUUUCUUUCAUAAUUCAUUUUAGUGUUAUCGACGAAAAAAAUUAUUAUGGUGAAAUUUACAAUCCACCUGAAAUUAUUGACCCUAGUUUGGACUCUGUGAUAAUUGGAGAUAAACCAGAUCAUCUUAUGUGGUUUAUGCAGAUAAGUGAUAUUCAUCUCAGUGCUGUUUUCGACAAGAAGCUGAUUCCUGAUUUUCGUAGAUUUUGCAAUAUUGUAGUUGAUUCCGUUCGUCCCUCUGUUGUUCUUGCCACUGGUGAUUUAACCGAUUCAAGAUCUGUAGCUCCAGUCGGUUCUGAUCGAUUUGAAGAAGAAUGGAAAUGGUAUGCUGAUGCCCUAAACACAAGUCGAGUCACUGAAAAAACUAUAUGGCUCGAUAUGAGAGGAAAUCAUGAUGCUUUCAACGUACAUUCGUGGGAUUCGCCAAACAACUCUUAUCGAAAAUAUACUCACAGAGGUAAUCAAAGUGCUGGACAUUAUGUAUACACUGUUACCCAGGGCUCAGAUAAAUACAAUUUUCUUGGUAUUGAUGCUUGCCCUCAACCUUCACCGGAGAGACCAUUUAAUUUCAUUGGUUACUUGAAAAAGAGCGAUUUGAGUAGAAUCAAAGAUCUUGUAAGCAAGGCUCCUAAAUCUAAUAUGACAAUCUUCUUCGCUCAUUAUCCUACAUCUUCCAUCAUUGAAGAAUCUCCUUACUUGAGAAACAUUAUAACUGGUCCAUAUUUGUGUGGCCAUUUCCAUACCUUAGGUGGGUUAAAAAAGAUGUAUGCAACACAAUCAACUGGGUAUCUUGAAAUUGAAGUUGCUGAUUGGAAAGAUGAAAGAAUGUUUCGUGUUGCUUCCGUUGAUCACGGUUUAUUCAACUUCGUCGAUGUCAAGUUAGAACAAUGGCCCAUUAUUUUGGUAACAAACCCAAAAGCAGCUAUAGCUCAAAUGCCACGGUAUGAGCCGCUCCAUCGCAUAUCAAACUCUACACAUAUCAGAGUUCUCGCUUUUUCACCCAGUCCAAUUGACUCAGUGUCAGUAAGAGUCGAUAAUGAACCAUGGAGUAUUAUGAAUAGAGCUCCAAAAACUCACCCACUCUUCACAUAUCCUUGGAAUCCCGAAAAAUACUCAGCUGGGUUACACAAAAUUGAAGUUCUAGCUUCUGAUGAAAAUGGUAAUGAAAACACGGAAACUGUUGAAUUCUCAAUUGAUGGAACUAAACCUGAGUAUCCUUUUGGUGCGCGGUUUAUUCUCCGUUUCUCUACUCGUUCAGUCCUUCAAUGUCUGUUCACGUUUAUAAUAUUUAUCGCAAUAUUCCCAGUCAUUGCAAUGAGGUUACUAUUUUUGAUUGAAAAAGGACCACUCAUCCAAUCAAGAGCAAGAUCAAGCUUGAUUUACAGAAUUUACUUCAAAUUCCUGAUAUUUGCGGUAUAUGACAAUUUUUUCAUUGCGAUGAUGAUCCUAACUCUGUAUACCAUGAUUGGUCCUUGGUUUAUUGGCGAUCUACUUGAAUUUGGGUGGGGAAUGUACAUCAAUGGUCAUUGGAUUCCUAUAGGUUUACCAUACCUUUUUGCAAGUAUCAAUAUGAUACUCUUCCAUAUACCUUUACUUUCAUGUUUAGCUCACAUUCUUCACAAAAGAUUUCUCGAGGUUACAUCUACAAGUAAAUCAAUUGAUUCAUCUUGGCCUUACUUGAAACCAAGACAUAUCAUCUUCGUCCUUUUGUUGAUCUGUAAUGUACUUUUCAACUUCUCAAUUUGUAUGGCUCAUGGUUUCAAGUCAUUGCUUUUUGUAUUUGAACGAUUUUGGUCGAUAGUUAUCUAUCUCUAUGUUUGGUGGACUACAUUUUCUCUCACCUCAAGUGACUUUAAAAUAUUUAUCAAGAUUACACGAGAUAGAAGUGCUGUUAUAGAGAGAAAAGAGCAAUAAUUAAUGGAGUGGACAAUGUAUUUCAAUGAGUUGUCAAAUGGACUCCAAUUUGACGAGAUAAUACUUACCAAGAGUUUUUACCAAGCGGCCUUUUGACUCUAUAAUUAUCAAAGAUACGCAAAUCAACGAGUGAAAUUGUUUCACCACUAGAAUAUUUAUUUUUAAUUCAUUCACUGAUCACAGCUCCACUGAGUUGAGUCUAGUCUUUUGUACCUGAUUGUGUAUUUUAUUUAAGAAAUGCAAUUUGUUUUGUUUUGGAUUGGAUUUUAAAUUAAGUUAAGAAAUAAAGAUUUUAUAUCAUUAGUAUAAUAAUUAAAAGGAAGAUAAAAUUUAUUAUGAAA